AUGGCAGGGCGCUCAUGGACAGUUCUUGCCGGCAUUGUGGCCGAGAAGCCUGGCAACCAUUUGCAGGUUUUGGCCUUGGCAACCGGGACUCGAUGCCUGGGUGUCGCUGCUAUGACCACUGGCAAUGGCCAGGUUGUCCACGACUGCCAUGCCGAGGCACUGUGCCGGAGGGUCUUCCAUCGCUUCCUGCUGGCUGACAUGCUUUGCGCUGCUAACGUCGCCGCUCCCGAAGCCACGGCAGUUCUGCUAAAGCGAGCGCAUACGGAGGAGUUGAUGUUUGCUGUGCAAGAGAACAUCCGCUUGCACUUUUAUGUCAGCGCGCUUCCCUGUGGGCAGUGCGCCCUGCUGCCACUGAGCAGCAGCAGUGAAGGAAGUUUGGCACGAAAGCUCCGGGAGGAGGAUGCAGCCGCACUGCCAGCGCCUGUUUGCGACCGGAACAGAACUGGAGCCAAACCUUCGCACGGGAUGCCUACAGAUCCGAAGGCCGAUGGGUUCAAUUUCCAUCGUGAUGGAGUUCUUCGCUACAAAUCUGGACGAAGCGACACCAGGCCUGAUUCGAGGACAGUGUGCUACAGCUGCUCUGACAAAAUUUGUCGCUGGAACCAUGUUGGGUGGCAGGGCGCCCUGCUGUCCAGACUGAUGGAGGCUCCAAUAUACAUGCAGUCCAUUGUGAUCGGAGGUGCACUAUUCGAUGAAGGCUUUGUCAAGGAUUCUUUGUUUGAACGUGCAACUUCGCCUUCAACUCCUUCGACUUUGGCCCAUGCGCCUUUGUUCUGCUACACGCGCAUUCCGUUUCAAUCCUCCCGGGAGGCAGCAGAAGCAAUCGCGGCUGAUUGCAAGGUGUCCACUGCCGGUCUAAGCAUUGUCUGGGCCGCCACUGACAUACCGAGUACCAGAACAUCAGACUUGGUCAGCCUGCCAAGAAGGUCGAUUUCCAACAAGACGUCUGGCUUCUAUGACAUUCUCAUCGGGCACACUGGACAGCGACAAGGGCUUCGAAGUGACCACGUGCGCAGGAAUGAUGUUCAGGCCACUACCAGCUGGGUGUCUCCACUCUGCAAGAAACUGAUGGCGCAGGACAUGCUGCAAGCUGUCUUGCUGAUGCUGAAAACUGAAGAGGCCUUGGUGAGCUGGCUCUCCACUGAGACCUCGGCCUCUGGCAACCCAACCAAACGGCGACGUCUCGGCCAGGCACACUCUGACAAGGACUGCGCAAGCGAUUCUACUAGAUUCGCACGAGAUCCCGAUGAUUUGCACACUGUUUCACAUGCAGCGCGAAUCCAGAAACACGUUGAAAUGCUGCUAUUUUCAGGCUCGAAAGAGCUGCGUCUAGGCAGCGAGGAUAUCACUGAAAUCUCCUGA